AUGCCGGUGGAUAGUCAAAGAAUGACGGUCUUGAAGAGAUAUGUCUUGCGAUUGUUUAUAUCAUUGAAGUAUAUCACAGCAAAUGUUGUGGACAGAAACAAUGGGAGAAUUGUUGCCACAGCAUCAACAGUUGAACAUUCCAUCAAGAACACCCUUGAGUGCAGUCGAUCUUGCAAUGCAAAAGCAGCAACAGUUAUUGGAGAGGUGUUGGCUAUGCGACUCAAGGUGGAUGGUCUAGAACAGGGACAAGGAAGAGGGAUUCAUGUCAACAUGGACAAAGAGGUUGAGAAAAAAGGCUUUAAGAACCGCACCAAGAUUUGGGCUCUUGUUAAUGCCCUAAAAAACAACGGAGUUAAGAUCAUUCUUGAUGAGGAUAAUGAUAACUCAUGUCGACCUAAUUUUCCAUGA